AGUGGCUUCUGCAGUACGACAGCCGGUGUCUCGGGGAUAGCCAAUCCAUUUCAGACGAAUGCCUGAAUUGUGCGCGUUCAACCAUAGCCAGAAAACAUGGCUCAUGUCAAGGCGCUUCUGUCUCAAGUGUCCGUGGCUGCUCUGCUUGCGCUGUUCUCAUCUUCGACGAAGGUUAAAGCGAGACAGUGUGAUUGCCAAUGUGAAUCGUGGAAAGAAGAGGUCGAUGAGACGCUGAGGCUGCUGGACCGACAGGUGAGCUCCGCUAUAAACAUAUCGCAUAAACUUAACAUGUUGGAGCACAGUUACGUGGACAUUUCGGACUCGAUAAAGAAACUGCAAGCUGACGUGAAAACACUACAAAAUAUUGGGCAGAAUUCCGUGUCCAAUUUGCUACAUGCUGUGCCAGGGAGAAGCAUUCACGAUAUGUACAAGAAGGUUCAGGAGGACGUUAAUGAUAUGAAGGCCGACAGGGGAAGUCUUCGCGCUGCACUGGAGGGAGUGAAGCGAGACAUAGCUUUGGAACGGAUUGAAACAAACAGGACCAUCCAGGCUGUGCAAGCGGAAGCGAGGAGUGUUAAGAAUUUGCUUACGCUGGAAGUGCAACGGGCAGCAGCAUCACUUCCAAAAAUGGUGGCUAAGAUAGAACGCUUUUAUAGAACUGGGGAAGACAUCAUGCAGCUCUUGUCUCCUCGAAAACAUAUAAAUGAAACCACAGAUCAGUACUCGUUAAACAGCGUUGAAAUCGAGAAGAAAAAUUUGACUGAUAUGCAAGAGAACAGGACCAAGGAAACGCCACGCCUAUUUCCUGGCGCGAUUCACAAUGCCCAGCGUUCACUGGGCAAUAUUUCCCGUAACGGAACCCAACAAAAAAACAAAGUGAGCAUCAAUCGCGUGGGAAAUUUGCGUAACGCUUCUGCACCAACAAUUUCCAUCGGUUUCACGAAAAAUGACAUCGACGGGCGACGUAAUUCUACAGACACAGCCUUGUAUAACGAAGUAAUGAAAAACAACAAAUUUGACGAUAUCAAUGAAAUUGAAUUCGUUGGAAAGGACGGGAACUUCUCAGUUGCUAUUAGAGACAGCAAGGUGAUCGAAUGCACCGAAUACGCAUCGAAUAAUGACAACAUCUCAGAUUCUCAGGCGAUGCCUUGCGAUAGUUUCCCAGUGGAUCUCGAUAAGGAAGUGCACGAAUUAGUGGAGCGAAUGGCACCUAUAUCCAAUGACUUGACAGGCGAAGAAUGGUCUAUCGAAAAGGCCAUGACUUUCAUGGCGGAAGAACUGGUAAAACUAAGAAUAAAGAUUGACGACGAUGCGUUGAAGAAAAAAGUGGCACUGGUCGAAGAAAGCACCGAUCGUAUCAGCACACAUCUUAAAAAAGUGGAAAAUUCUCUCAUGAACGAAAUGAACAGCAGCUUUGGGAACGUGAGCUUUCUGGUGAAAGAAACAGUGGAUGUGUUAAGAGAACACAAUUUGACACAACUAGAAGGCAGAACUGAGGACCUAGCACGAAAUGCCAGUUCUCUUUGGCAGAGUCUAUAUAAUGCAGAGACUAACACGCAACUAUUGAAUAUCUCUCUUACUAACGCCAUCAACCGUGUUAACGUUGGCAACAAUGCCAUUUUUCACUGGAUGAACGAGAGCCUAUUUACCUCUCUGAGCCGAUUUUCGACCCUGAAUGAGUCGCUACAAAAUUCUCUCGCAGAAAGGCUCACGGCGUUGAAGGCUAAACUGGAAAAGAGAAAUUCUGAACUGGAAGUGCGAAUGAGUCAUCUUAGCCAAAGUGUACAAGAAAGUUUGUCGGCACUGGGAGGAUUCAAUCACACUCUCGAGCUUGUCAAGAUUUUUCUGGACGAACUAGGUGGCAGUUAUAACAACAGCAUUGUUUCCGCGGCUAUCAAACUCCAAGCAAACAUUGAUGACCUGCAUCAAAAGUUCUCCACUGAAAUUGAGCACUUGGAGGAAAUGAUGAAAAACAACACGUCUUCUGUUCAUCAACCCGAAUUAAACGGAUGGCACCCAGAUGACGCUCUGGGCUGCCCUGGAUUGGAUGUCCUCGCUUCUGGCGACAGCGUGGUACUCUCUACUCACAACGGCGGAAGGUACCGUCCUCCAGAUCUGCCGUCCGAUGCACUUCCCGUGGGUUCAGUGGUUCGCUGCUGGUGCGUCCCUGCCGGUAGUCACAGGCUGUCUGGCGCUUCCGAGCUACGUUGCCUGGCUUCUAGACGCUGGUCGAGCAAACCACCAAGAUGCCAGCCGCUUCCGACGCUUGAGCAGAUUAUGGCGGGGAACACAACAGAAACGACGCCGUCCAUUCAUUACGAUGGCCUGGUGGAUGACGAGUGGGCAUCCUCUGACGACAACGGCAGCCUUGUGGUGCGACCUGGCGCCAAUCUGCGCUUGAAGUGCCUCUACCCUCGGAGUCUACUAGGCGGGAACGUUACGUGGCUUCAUAACGGCAGCGUCUCGCGUUACGGCGCUUCCGUCUGGGCCAAAGGAGGUCCCAGGGACAGUGGUGAAAAUGCAUACAUGUUGGAGAUUAACCGCACCACACACCAGCAUUCUGGGAUGUACAGCUGCGAGACGCUGAAUGGGACACGCCACUCUAUCACCAUCAAAAUAUUAGAUGUGCACUGUAAUACACCUACGGCCCCUGAGAACGGCGAGGCGCUGGUCAAAGGAUCCGCGGGACAGGCUCUGGUGGGCAGCAAAGCUCACUUCCGUUGCUUCUUAGGGUAUGAACUGCGCGGGUCCGACGUAGCCACUUGUCUGGGAAGCGGGCGUUGGUCACUUUCGUCACCGAAGUGCGAAGAAAGAGAGCAUUUUGUGCCGCCAGAGGGAUCCUGCCAGCGGCCGGCUCUCCAAGACGGGCUGACUGUGAGUCCUGACAGGAAGUGGUACGAGACGGGCUCCCGCGUCCGCUACAGCUGCCAGGGAGGAAAAGUUCUCGUCGGCAUGCCCACAGCCCAGUGCCAUGAAGGCCAGUGGAUGGGACGAAACCGAAGCUGCCUGUGAUACGCCGCACCCGAAGACUAGAUCCUCUCCGUUUUUGAUCUUGCGGCGCAAGUUAACCAGACUUUAAAGCAGAGAUCAUGCGUGGCCUAUAAAGAACCCAGCUUUCAGAGCUUGGUUUAACACAUGAUAAUGACUGGAUUUUAUUAGGGUCUUUAGGUUUUCACCAGUAAUUUAGUUCUAGACAGCUGUAUUAAGUUCCCGCGCAUGGUAACCUUAAAAACAACGACGUCAUCAAUCACAAACAUUUUCAUCGUCAUUUCUUAUUCCAUUAAAAGUUCCUGCUCGGGGUAUAACAUGGGGCAGGGGGAGGGUUGUAAUAUACAGUAUGCACUAGAACUGGUGAGUGACCCACGGAAAAAAAAAAACAGUGCGAAGUUAUGCUAUGAAUGAAAGCAGUUGAAAAACAGCAACUAGACAUCAUUAAACAUGAUCGCUCAAGACUUAGUUGAAAAAAUGUUAACAACAUACUGGCGGCGGAGCGAAAAGCACAAUUCCGAAAGAUUUGGGGCAGAAAAGUGAGAUUGAAACGCAAACUAACAAUAAACAAACAAAAAGCAAGAAAUGUAAACUGUAGUUAAUACUUAAGUUGUGUCAAUAAUUAUUCACGAAAUAAUGCAGGUUCAUGUUCAAAGACGGCCAAUUCAGGCAGUUUAUUCCACUUCGCUAUGGCAAUAGGCACAACCGAAUUGUUAUAUCGUUAGUAGAAGCGUGAAGACGCUGAACGGUAAAUGAAUUGAACAUACGACGACAAAUGCGGGCCGCUGGGAGAAGGAGCGUUCCGUGUAAAUGCAAAAAAAAAAAGUGUAGUACAUUCUAUUAGAUAGGCAGAGUAGGGCGACUGAGCACCGGCAUAGUAGAGAAGGAAGACUGAGGGAAGAUUUCAUGUUACUUCUGCUGUGGUUGUAGUCACGAUUAGAACAUAUAAAUCGCGCUGCGGAGUUUUCAACUUCUGCAAAGGAGUUAUCGAGGUAAGUUUAUUAGGGGUUUCAAACAGACGCAGCAUAUUGCCGCUUCGUACGUACGUAUGUUUCGCCGGCCGGUUGUCCAACAUACAGGGGUGAGAAAGAUGGAUUCCUUCUGAUGAACCACCGCAACCUCCACGCGUCUGCUGCAACUUUUAUUAGGUGUUCUACCCAGGUUAAUUCAGUAGUAAUUAAGACGCCAAGGUACCGGUAUUCUUAGGCCUGCGAUAUCGGUGACGAGUGGAACAAAUAUGUAUAAAUAGAAUGAAAACGUACCCGAGACCCAUGCAUAAUGUUCCAUUUCUAAACAAUAAGUUUCUUCAUCCACUUCGGGCACCAGCUUUCAAUAAGGUCUGUCAUUCUGCUGAUACACCUGAUCUUCGUAGUUAUUGAUAUGAUGCUAAAGUACGCAGUCAUCUGCCAAUGGGCGGAUUGUCAAUGAAAUUUGAAUGGAAAUCGUUGACCAAUAUUAAU